GCCCAAUCGAAGAACAUCAUUUUCCUAUAAUCACCCAUACCCUCCCAAAAACCUAAAUCGCUAGAGCACUUCGUUUCGAAAUGGCCCCAGCUAAAGCCGAUGCUUCGAAGAAGUCUGAUGCAAAGGCCCAGGCCUUGAAGGCUGCUAAGGCAGUAAAAUCACCUGGUACCUUCAAGAAGAAGGUCAAGACGAUGCGCACUAAAGUCACUUUCUACCGGCCAAAAACAUUGACGAAGGAAAGAACUCCAAAGUAUCCCCGGAUCAGUGCUGCCCCUCGCAACAAGCUUGAUCACUACCAGAUUCUCAAAUAUCCCUUGACCACGGAAUCAGCGAUGAAAAAAAUCGAGGACAACAAUACCUUAGUCUUCAUUGUUGACAUCCGUGCCGACAAGAAGAAGAUCAAGAAUGCCGUCAAGAAAAUGUAUGACAUUCAGACCAAGAAGGUUAACACUCUCAUCAGGCCUGAUGGUACGAAGAAGGCGUACGUGAGGUUGACGCCAGAUUAUGACGCUUUGGAUGUUGCUAACAAGAUUGGGAUCAUCUAAACAAGUUGCCUUCACCUCGCUGUUUAUGCUCUUUGUUUGUGAAACCCAGAUUUUUGUAAACUCAGACGUGUGACCAAAUUUUAUUGCAUUUUUAGAUGUUCUAUUAUUAUUAGAGACCUUUACAUUAGUCCAUAAUUGUUGGUUGCCUUGGAAAUGCAUAAUUUUCUGUCCA